AUGGAGCCAUCUCAAGUACCGGACUUCGAUGAUCUUCCUAGAGUGGAAGGCAUGCCGCAAGGCUGCGCAUGGGGUCUGUUCGACAAAGACGGCAAGAAGGACCUCCUGGGGACUUUGAACUUCCUCACACCUGCUAUUCGGAAGGCAGCCUAUGCGGAGGCAAAAGAUGGUGUUUCAAUCUCUCUGAAUUGGCCUCUGAAUGCGAUGCCAAUCCCGCUGCCGGGACGCAUGGCGUGCACACAUACCCCUAUGUCGCUGAAGGAGGCCGGGAUAUCUGGCGGUGAGGGCUGGGACGACGAGCUGCACUUCAAUACGCAGAUGAGCAGCCAGUGGGACAGCCUGGUGCACUGGCAGGACCAGAAGUCUGGCUUGGCCUACAACGGCAUCAAGGUGACCAAGGAGGCUCUAGCAGUGUCCCACACUGCCGCCAACGAGAUGCCGACCCUGGACCAUUGGCACGCCUGCGGCGGCAUGGUGGCGAGAGGCGUGCUGAUCGAUUUCAAAGAGUGGAAGGAGUCGCAGCUGCGGGCUGAGGGAAAGACGGGUGCUGACGCCAUUGUCCAUCCCUUUGACGGGCACCGGAUCACCGUUGAAGAGGUUGAGGCGGUAGCCAAGACGCAGGGCGUCGAGUUCCGCCCAGGGGACGUGCUCGUCAUCAGGACGGGACUGACAGAGAUACUGGGCGCGCCAACGCCAGAGGAUUUUGCGAAAAUGGGCAAGAUGACCAUAUCUGGCCUGCAUGGCGUUGCUGCCUCGGCCAAGUGGCUGUGGAACAAGCGAUUUGCGGCCGGCGCGGGCGAUUCGUGGGCAUUUGAGGCGCUGAUGCCCGUGCACGAGGACGGGUCGCCGGCCGAUGUUAGCGAUUUGUAUCUUCACCCGUGGAUGCUCAGCAUGUUUGGCAUGCCCAUAGGCGAGCUUUGGGAUCUCAAGGCCUUGUCGGAGCACUGCAAGAAGACCAAGAGAUACAGCUUCCUGCUGACGUCGACUCCGCUCAACGUGCCUGGGCUUGUCGGCUCGCCACCCAAUGCAACGGCAGUCUUCUAG